UUUUUUUUUUUUUCGCAGCUCGCCUCAGACGCUACUACGACUAGCAUGUCUGCCGAUUAAAUUUUCUACCACUAUUUUACAGUUUUUCCUCCACCGUUUGGAACGUGGCACCGUCUCUUUCAUUUCUCCCUCUAUACGUCUCCACUAGCCUUCUCGCUUACUCUCUGUGGUCUACACUUAAACUUAUACAUACCUGUUUCAAGGAUUAAUUGCAGAUCUGGAUCAAGCGCGGGCUCGGCCGGAGGCGGUGGUGCCGCCGACGGCAAAGGCUGAUGAAGCGAGUUCUUCCUCUAGUUCUGAAGAAAUUUCCGUCAAGAUCGAGGAAGAUGCCCCUGUGGAUAGUAGCGGCAGAGCCGCAGCCCCGGAUCCGCUCCCUAAUGGCGACGGCAGCGUCAACUCUUCCGGGAGCGACAGAGCGGGUUUUCCUAGAGUAAGUACUUUACCACCGGAGAUUCUGAACUCUGGGAAGUUAGAGCCGCCUGCGGGCUUGGAAAGAUCAAGGACUGAGAGGCAAAGGCGUAAUAAUAUCCUUGCUGAAGAGGCUGCGCAAAUUUUUGAUGACCGACUCUCUAUGCAGCAGAAGCUCAAAUUGUUGAACAGAAUUGCUACCGUUAAAGAUGAUGGCACUGUAGAAUUCGAAGUUCCAUUAGAUGUUGAACCUCCCCUUAUUGGCGUUGGAACGGAAAAUGUACGUAAUGAGGUUGAUGAAGAGCCUCUUGAUGCUACAGAGCUGCAGGAUAUUCCUCCAUUGCAAAUUGUAAUGCUUAUUGUUGGAACUCGUGGAGAUGUGCAGCCAUUUGUUGCAAUUGGAAAGCGACUGCAGGAUUAUGGACAUCGUGUAAGAUUGGCUACCCAUUCCAAUUUUAAAGAGUUUGUCUUGACAUCUGGAUUGGAAUUCUAUCCCCUUGGAGGGGAUCCAAAAGUCCUUGCAGGAUAUAUGGUUAAAAACAAGGGGUUCUUGCCUUCGGGGCCAUCAGAAAUACCUAUACAAAGAAACCAAAUAAAAGAAAUCAUAUAUUCAUUGCUUCCAGCAUGCAAAGAGCCUGACAUUGACUCUGGAAUUCCUUUCAAGGCAGAUGCAAUUAUUGCUAAUCCUCCAGCCUAUGGGCAUACACAUGUUGCUGAGGCGUUGAAAGUACCUAUACAUAUAUUUUUCACAAUGCCAUGGACGCCUACAAGUGAAUUCCCCCACCCGUUGUCUCGUGUUAAGCAAUCAGCUGGAUAUAGAUUAUCGUAUCAGAUUGUUGACUCCUUGAUUUGGCUAGGAAUAAGAGACAUGAUAAAUGAUCUUAGGAAAAAAAAGCUGAAGCUGCGGCCUGUUACAUAUUUGAGUGGUUCUCAAGGGUCUGAGUCCGAUAUUCCACAUGGAUAUAUUUGGAGUCCUCACCUUGUUCCAAAACCAAAAGGUGGUCUCUUUUCAUAUGAAAACGUCUUACCCUUGAGGCAUAUAGUUAAUGUGCCAAAUUGGGGACCCAAGGUUGACGUUGUUGGAUUUUGCUUCCUUGAUCUUGCAUCAAAUUAUGAACCGCCUGAGUCACUUGUAAACUGGCUCAAAGUUGGUCCGAAGCCUAUCUAUAUAGGGUUUGGCAGUCUUCCUGUUCAAGAGCCUGCGAAAAUGACGCAAAUAAUUGUUGAAGCUUUACAAAUAACUAAACAAAGGGGAAUCAUUAACAAAGGCUGGGGUGGCCUUGGUAACUUGGCAGAAGAAAAGGAUUUUGUAUACCUGCUAGAUAACUGUCCCCAUGACUGGCUUUUUUUGCAGUGUGCUGCUGUGGUGCACCAUGGCGGAGCUGGAACAACAGCUGCUGGUCUUAAAGCUGCGUGCCCGACAACUAUAGUCCCGUUUUUUGGUGACCAACCUUUCUGGGGAGAAAGAGUACAUGCCAGAGGUGUAGGCCCUCCACCUAUUCUGGUGGACGAUUUUUCUCUUCAAAAGUUGGUCAAUGCAAUUAGAGUUAUGCUAGACCCCGAGGUGAAGGAGCGUGCGGUACAACUUGCAAAGGCGAUGGAGAACGAAGAUGGGGUUGCAGGAGCAGUGAAUGCAUUCUUUAAACAUCUCCCUCGUAAAAAGGUUGAGCCUGAUCCUGAACAUACGCCGUCUCACAUUUUCUCCAUUCGGAGAUGCUUUGGCUGUUCCUAAAUGUGUACGGAAAAAUAUAAUAUUUGGUCUUUCCACACUAUGAUGAUUACUGUAAUUACAUGCCAUUAUGUUUUUGUUUAUACCAAAUUAUCUGUAGGGCUUUGGGGUUGUGCAGCAUUUUAAUUGGAUGUUUUUUUUUUUUCCUCCCAGACUAGCGACUAGGGGUGUUCACGGUCCGGAUUGGUCCGGUUUUAGCCCAAACCAUAACCAAACCGGACCUAACGGUUAAUUUUUUUUCUUGUCCAUAACCGGACCGGUUUUAUUUUUUAACCGACCACAAUCCGGACCGCAUUGGACGGUCCGGUUUGGCGGUUAAUCGGUUAAAUCCAAAACUUGUUUUGGGCCUUCAAUUUUUAUUUUUUUCAUUUUGGGCUUAAUUUUUGUUUUUCAAUUUUGGGUCCUAAAGAGAUUAUUUGGG